GUCCGUGCCCUGCGCUGCCCGGGUCGGGCGAGGCCGAGCGGGAAGUUCCAGGGUGUAACUAACUGCUUGUCACGCGUGUUUUCGGCGCGGCGCCGGAUCAAUGCGCGGUGUCGCGGCUGGCUCAGCGCGGUAUCGAUGUGGUAACAUAAAGGCUGUGCUAAGCGCGGUACAGUCACUCGCCCACACAGUAAGUGUGUUAUUGAAGAAUUAUCAGAAAUGGAGAAUUGAAUGCCCAGAAAUAAGUGCAGAUUUACAACCAUCUUCUGUUCUUGGUCUUUUGCAAGCUGGCUAUCAUGGAGUCCUAAGGUCAAGAGACCCACAUGGAAGCAAAGUUCUAAUAUACAGAAUUGGACAAUGGGAUCCCAGUUUAUUUACAGCAUAUGAUGUGUUUCGUGUAAGUCUCAUCACAUCUGAACUCAUUGUAAAGGAGAUCGAGACUCAGCAAAAUGGAGUCAAGGCCAUCUUUGACCUUCGAGGGUGGAGAUUUGCUCAUGCUUUUCAAAUCAGUCCAGCGGUGGCCAAGAAUAUGGCUGCUGUUCUCACAGAUUCCUUUCCACUGAAAGUUCGAGGUAUCCACUUGAUUAAUGAGCCUUUAUUCUUCCACCCAGUCUUCGCUCUAAUUAAGCCUUUUCUCACUGAAAAAAUAAAGCAACGGGUGUACAUGCAUGGAAAUAACUACUUGCAGAGUCUGACCGAACACUUCCCCGUCAGCAUUCUCCCACAGGAAUAUGGGGGGGAGGAAGUCUCCAUUGAAGAGCUGGCCAAGGAAUGGACUGACUUCAUAAUGGCAUCUUCAGAUUAUCUUCAGAGCAUUUCUCUGGUUGCCUAGGAAUAACCUUAAUAAAGUAUUUUAUCAAUUCUUGAGCACUGGAAUUGGAAAUAAGUUUAAUAUGAAAAUUUCCAUUGUGAAUGAAAUAAGUAUGUCUUUGCAGGGCACUCACUGAAUGUUAUAUUGGCUGCACUUUUAUACUAACUGGAGUCUAUCAGUUUGUGUGUCUGAAGAGAUUCAUGAAUUUUG